ACUAGUAAUGUGGGUCAUUUGACAACUGAAGAUACGCGGCGAAUAAUUCAAGUUAUACGGGGGGUGAAGAAGUGAUUUAUAGGAUGUAAUUAGUGUUAGUUAAUUGAAAUAUUAUCGGUCCAAGUUGAAAUUGAUGGAAAUUGUAUUUAAGUUCUAGUGGCGCUGUAAGCUUGUUCGUCUGUACCUUUUCAUAUUUUUUUUUCAAGCAUUAACUAAAAUGGUCGUAGAAGAAAUCUGUUAUUUUCUUUAUCACACCUAUAAUGAUUGAGCUAAGUGUACAGAUAGACGGAUACAUAUAGAAACAGAUAGAACCCUCAAAAUACAGAAAAUAAAUUCUCUAAAAGAUAUUGUUGCUCAAUGACAAUCAUUUGGAUGAGAUUAAGAUUAAUUAAAAUUAUAAGCUGCUUUUUCGAUUUUGUUUUCAAUAAAAUAAUUUACUCUAUUUUUUGUACACACCUCGUACUUUAUCUUUUAUAAAAUAUAGAUGUCCUCGCAAUCUUUUAUCGAAUUAUUUUGAUAGCUCACGGUAAACAACACAUUAGUAUAUUAACAUUUCUACUGUCAAGUUACAUAACGUACGUCAGAAUCAUGCAAUUUCCAGUUGUUACUGUUGUGGAAGGUCAACUACGAGGAUGCCAAAAAACAAACUUACUCGGAGAUAAAUUCUACUCCUUUUUGGGUAUACCAUUUGGAAAACCACCAGUAGGAGAUUUGAGAUUUAAGGCUCCAGUACCAAUCGAACCAUGGAAUACCAUAAAAGAAGCAACCGUAGAUGGUGAUGCUUGUUAUCAAAGAAAUGAUUUGACGAAUAUAGUUGAGGGAUCAGAAAAUUGUUUACAUCUCAAUGUAUAUACGAAGAAUUUGCCUGAAGAGUCCAAGGAACUAAAGCCUGUAAUGGUCUGGUUCUACGGCGGAGCAUUUGUUCGAGGUUCCAAUAGUUCAAAGUUAUAUGGCCCCGAAUUCCUAAUGACCGAAGACAUCGUUUUAGUAGCUGUCAAUUACCGUGUUGGAUUUUUGGGCUUUUUGCAAACAAACGAUGUAUCCUUAGAUGUUUUUGGUAACGCAGGAUUAAAAGAUCAACAACUAGGUCUUAAAUGGGUUCAAAGGAAUAUCAGGAACUUCAAUGGAGAUCCACAGAACGUAACCAUUUUCGGAGAAAGUGCUGGAAGUGCAAGCGUUCACUAUCAUGUUUUAAGUCCGACAUCUAAAGGGUUAUUCCACAAAGCUAUUCUACAAAGUGGGUGUAUACUGAAUCCCUGGUCUUCUGCUAAUAAUUAUACAUUAGAAUUUGCCAAAUCUAUAAAAGAAGAUAUCAAAACAGAAAGAGAAGCUUUAGAACUUUUGAGAAAUUUAUCGGUAGAGGAUCUGUUUGAAGCCCAGAACAAGUUUCGCAGUCCGAUAAGAGUGAUAGCGCCAUGUAUUGAGAAGCCUAAUCCAACUUCUAUCCUCACAUCUCCGCCAGCAGAAGUUCUAUCUUCCAGUCAAUAUAAUAGAGUACCAAUCAUGAUGGGAUUUUGUGACAGAGAAGGUCUAUUGUUCGAAUUCUAUAGAAAAAUUGCAUCAGCUACUGGAAAAAAUGAGUUUGAAUUGAAAAAACCAGAUAAAUCUAUGCUGCUUCCACCUGGUUUGAACGGUGAAGAUCCCCAAAUCAAAAGUAUAUUACAUUCUUUGGAAGAUAUAUAUUCACGAGAACCUAUUUCCAAGGAUGUAUACGCGUUGCACACAGAUUAUAACUUUGUAGCAGGCAUAAUUGCAGCAGCUAAGAUUCAUGCCAAAACGUCAGAUAAUCCUGUUUAUUGCUACAGAGUCUCACUGGACGCGGGGUUGAAUCUACUGAAGCAUAUCGGCAAGGUAACUGAACCAGGUACUUGCCACGGGGAUGAGUUGGGCUACAUAUUCGAUAUACACAUAGCAGCUGGUGUCCUGAAAAGAGGCGAUAUCGAGGAAAAAGCAAUCAAGAAUUUCGUGAAGUUAUGGACAAAUUUCGCGAAAACUGGUAACCCCACACCGCAAGGAAAUGAUUUGAAUAUAAUAUGGAAACCAGUUAGUGGAAACGAACUAAAUUUAUUAGACAUCGGAACCGAAUUAAGACCAUUAACAGAAUCAGAACCUGAACAAAUGAAAUUAUGGAAACAAUUAUUUAAAUUGAAUCCUCUUUUUACCGAUUUGUUGUAAAUAUAGAUACUAUAAUAAAAGUUUUUGAAGAAA